UAUGGCUUUAUAUAUGUGUUUGAUUUCAUUUAUCAGAGUGACUUGGUAUACACACCUGUAUAUGUCAUUGAUGAUGGCGGAUUUCAAGGGUAUACCGAACGUUGGGAAUACGUGUUAUAUCAACGCCGUAAUCCAGGUUUUAAAGUGGACUCCUGGUUUCAAAUCGAGACUUGACACAUGCCAAACAGAGAACCAGUUAGCCCUGGAUUUAAGAAAAAUAAUGAACGGUACUGAUAAAAGAAGUCUACGGUCUGUACUAAAAUCUCUUGGGACAUCAAUCGGUCGGAAUACGCUUACGUCCGGGAACCAAGAGGACUGUUUUGAAUUGUAUAAUGCACUCACAGAAAAUCUCCACUCAAGCGACGACAAAUGUCCGGCAAAGCUGUUUGAUGGCAGUUUUCUAAUUACUUUCUCCUACGAAUCAUGCGGACAUAUUGAAAGACAACUACACACAUUUACAAGUUUGUCAUUACCAAUUAUGGAUACGACGGAGGCAGAGAAAGGGAAUGAUGACUACGGAAUGAACAACAUGGAAGAAGAUUUCGCGGAAGAAAAGCAAGAGGUGAUAGCGAAAGGCGAGGAAGAAGAAAUUAAAGAAAGGAAAGGGAAAAUAGAAGACAAAGGAAAAGUGCAUGAAUUAGUCAAGGGAGUGGUGGGUAGGGAAGGAGGAGAAAAAGUAAAGAAUGUGACAGUGUUUAAGGAGGAGAAUGAAGAAAAUGAAAAAAUGGUAAUAAAGAAAGGGGAAGUAGAUCAGGAGAAAGGAAAUGUAGGGAAGGAAAAGAAAGAACUGGUGAAAGUUACGAAAGUGAAAGUAGAUAUUGGGGAGUUAGAAAAGGAAGACGUCGAUAAAGAUGUAGAGCGGGACGAGAAAAAUGCGGAGAAACUAAAGAAGGAAAAGGUAGAGAAAUAGGAGAAAGACAUUCGGGAAAAUAUGAAAGGUGUCGCAGGAAAGGAGAAAGAAAAAGAAAAAAGAAAGGAAACAAAAGAAGAAAAGGAGGUGGCAGAUGCGAAGAAGGUGAAACAAUCGUUUGUAGACAAAAAGAAGAAUAAGGAUACUCAAGAAGAGAAUAGAUUGGAAGAAGGGCUGAAGAUGAACGAACAUGAGGAGGUAAAAAAAUAAGUUAAGAAGGAAAAGAGAAGUGGUGAAGGUAGUGAAGAAUCAGAUAACGUAAACAUAAUGGAGGUAGUGAAGGAGGAAGAAAAUGAAACAUAUGAGGAGAAAGACGUCGUAAGAGGUAAUAACGACGAAGAAGUGAACGAAGUUGAAAAAGAAGCGUCGAAGGAAACAAAGACAAAGACAGUAAGCAAAGAGAAGAUAAAUGAAAUGAGGGGACGCGAGAAUGAUACAAAAGAAGACAACAAAGGAAAAGAAGAAAAUAAGGACGUGCAUUUGAAUACUUUUCUCAAAUUACUGACAUUGCCAAUGGUACAAAAGGCAACAACCAGCGAGAACGGCAUUGAGAAGGGGCUUGAAAGGUUAAUUGCUAACGAAUGGUACACACUUCAAUGUAGGAUGUGCAAUCAGAUGACUUACUUAGGAUUGAAAGACAAUAUCAACGGAGAAACUACGAAACGGAUCAUAAUAGCUGACCCGCCUCCUGUAUUAGUACUGCAGCUAAACAGAGUUCGACAGGUUACUACAAGGAAUAAUAUGGUUAAACUAGAGAAGAUUUCGGACCUUGUCAGCUACCCUGAGACGCUAUACAUAUCGCCUUAUUCGUCAAAGUUUUGUACUCUAAAGUCAUUUCAGGACGGGCAUCAAAGAGACACCUAGAGUAGGAAAACAAAUAACAGAAACACAGAGUAGUGACAAUUGAGUGUUAGGUAUAGGGAAAGAUAAAUGUUCAUUACCAGUUGUAUGCUGUGAUAGUACACAUAGGUACAUUGGGAAAGGUCACUACAUAUCAUACAUUAAGGUGCCAGUCGACGAAAAUAUGCCAUCAGACAUAUUCUGUACGCAUAGACCGGAUGUAGGAUGAUUGUUAGAUCAAUACAAAAAAGAUCAUGAUCUUCAAACUAAAUACAUAAAGAUUUCGCAAGAAGAGAACAUUUUCUUCCAAAGGAACCAGCCUCGUCAUCAACAUCAUACAAGUGGUUUAAAUUCAACGACAAAAAAGUGACGGAAUGUAAACAUCCCCCUUACGGAGAUAAUUCUCUGAGGGACGCAUUCUAUGUUAUUCUACUGUGAAGUCUUAUUGUAACGUCCGUCACAAUUACAGCGUCAUUGAACCAAAACUGAUCCGGAGAAAACACAAAAACAUAAACAGUCAAUGGUACGUGUACUAUAUUUAUUUGAAAUCACUGCUACAUCAUAUGUAUUGUAUACCACAAUGUACAUGGGAAAUACUACUACUACUACUACUGCUGCUGCUGCUGCUGCUGCUGCUGCUACCGCUAC